AUGGGUCGAAGAAGUAUAAAGCAAGACACUAAAGGAACAGUGACUACCAACACCACUGAUUUUUCGAAACGCUCAAAAUUUGCUUCGAGCCUUCGAGAAUAUGUUCACAAGAUCAAAGAAUUCUGUUAUCCAGUUGAAUGCACUACGACACAAUACUUUCAUCAUUUCCGAAGAUGGAAGAAUGCGAAGCAAUCAUAUACAUUUGUAGAGUCAAUACCACGAAUUGGCAAAGAAGUUGUUAUUACUCCAGAAAAGAAAGAGGAAAAGGAAAAGGAAUAUGAGAAUGAUCUUCAAAGAAUGCUGUCAUUGAGGAAAAUAAAGCACCAGGAUCCCGAACAAUACAGAAUGGGAUGUAUGAUGUUAAAAUGGUAUUUCGAAAGUAAGAGUAGAAGAAACAACCAUGAGCGAAUCAACGGAGAUGCAACUGGAAAGCUGUUUAAUGAGAAUGAAGAGCAACAAAAAAAUGCAUCCCGCCACAAUCACCCUACAUUCAAACCUGCUUCAGAAAUAGCGAAUACACAGGCAUUCACUAACAAUUUAAAAUUGUCUAUAAACAAACAUGGACGAAUUCCAAGACAGACUAAAUUUCGACCCCUUGAUCGUUGUGGUCGUCAUUCUCAAGAACCAUUUGAACUGGAGGUCGAGAACGACAAAGGUACGGCUAAUGAAAGGAUCCUUGACGACCUAGUUCACAUGAUCGAUGACUACCUCGGUGAUACUAACUAA